AUAUAAGCCAGAUGCAAGAUUAUGGAGCUGGUGUUUCUAGCAAUAACGCAGAUAUUCGAGAAAGUUCUGAAGGAAAGGAUCGAACGUCUCAACAGUCUGAGAGCUUCCAAACCCACCACUCUAUUACAUACCAAAAUCAUUAUGGAGUCUUCGACAAAGAUUUAUCGGAUCAGAACAUAGCGACGUAUUGUCGUGUAGCGGCAGGAAUAUACGAAGCCACAUCACUGAAUCAACAAUACCAAAACUCGAGAAAUUCAACUGUUCCAACGUUCAGUUCACCACCGAAUUCUCCUCUAGUUGGUCUCGUGUUCGAUCCUUCUUCACACAGCUACCACGGGUCAGGUAUAAUGGGAGAUAGGGGUGCGAACCUCGACAGACGUUCCCAAAGUACAUGGUCGAUAAACAGUCUAGAGCCAAUAGGGACUGGUGCUAAGAAAAAAAUUAUUAAGAGCCAAGACAAACGUAAUGCGUACAGCGCAGAUCCACGAUAUCACGACCGAGGCAAAGACGAAUAUGACCGACAAAGAAGCCUCCGUGCCGAAUCGUCGUCGAGUCUUGAUUUUUACGUCGAAGGCGAACGUAUGGUCUCGGAACUAUGCAACAUACCUGAUUGUAAGACCGAGAAAACUGGCCAGUUGAAAAAUAAUCAUAAAGGUUCUAACCUAGAUGAAGAUAAAAUUAAAUCGGCUUCAUCCGAAUUACUACUUACGGCUUUAGACAAAAUAGUAGUACAUGAUCAAAUUCCAAAUCAAAUUGUUCAACUUGCUAUUGAAGCUUGCACCGAUGCUGAGAAUAUUGCUAUAGCUCAUCACAACAGGCCUUGCUUUAAAAACAUACAUUCGAUUUGCGCCAAAACUAGGUCUAACGUCCAAAAACCGGAUAGUGCAGUAGCUAACUUACACUCUCAAGGAAUACCCUGGGUCAUUAAGAACUUUAUAUUUUCCUUCGUUAGGAUUUUAGACGGAUGGAAGGGUGUAAAAGAGUUACUUAGCGAAAAACACGAUACAUUUUCCAGAAUUGAAAAUAAGUAUUACAGUCCUAAUAUCAGAGAAUGCUUUGUGCAAUGGCAGGCGGUCACCAAGGAAAUGUUAACACACAUAUAUAAGACAUUCAAGUGUCUUGAUCACGGUUUUACUAUGGAACAAAAGAGUUUUGCACACAACUAUUAUGCAACUAAUUCUGCAGCACCUAGACACCAAGCUCAAAGUAAAUAUCAACCGCCGAAACCUCAAAUCAGUACUCCCAGACCAAUAAAUGUAUCUCCGCAACCAUUCAGUACUGUUCAACCACCUUGGAUUCAAGGUCAAAGCCAAACAAGUAAUCAAUCGUUCAAUGAAGUACCAUGGGGGCGACCUGGAGUUAGCUAUAAAAAGUUUCCCGUUGUACCACCAAGUACUUUUUACCCUUUAAACGAUCAAAGUGAUAUUGAAGUUUACCAGAAAGUGUCAUAUAAAUGUGAUCCUUGUAGCAUACGUGAAGCUAAACCUCGUCAAUCUUGGACGAUUGCCAACACUCCUGACUUCCGUUCAUUUGAAAAUGUUUGUCAUACGGAUCAGAGAGAUUUAUACAAUCAAUUGAAACACAAAAUAGAUGCUGAGCUGGUCAAAGCUCCAGGUCAACCUGUGAUGAGUAGCAGCAUGGUCUGCGAUCUGUUACAGCGAAGGGAAAUGGAAAUGAAAGCAAAAAUGAUUCCGUUGAGUCACGUUGAAAAGACUCUGAUACCAAGUAUGGCAUCUGCCGUGGAUCCAAGAACUUGUUUUGUACACAAAAACAAUAGUUGUGGUGACACAAAAGAAGAGAAUGAUUUUUUUGCGACAUGGGGUCAGAUAACACAAAAAGAAACUAAUGAUUACAUGGCUCAUCACACUCAUAACGUUCAGAAUUCACCAAGCGUUUUGACUGUAUCAAGUAAUGUUUCUGGCCCCGUAAAUUUUCUAGAUGAAAAUGAUGAGUUCCACGAAAUGGCUAAAGUUUAUAUGAAACCCGGAAGUUACAAAGUUCCCAUUAAGCCAGCCGAUGCGUUCGCGUCAAGUAGUUCACAAGAUGCUGGGAACGAAGGCCAAGUUUUAGAUGAAUUAAAUACAAUGCAAAUAAAAGCGUCGUUUUCAACAAUAACUUUAGCACCACAGCCAAAAUAUAAUCUGGAAUCUUGGCCAUGCAUAAUGACCAGAAGAACAGAAGAAGUUUAUAGCGAGGAUCAAAAAGUUAUAGGUAAACCCCUGCAUACCACAACUUGCUUAGACGUCAGCUCUACAAAUCAGGUGGAUCUUUUAAGCUCUAUGACUUCAGACAGAGCUUGGGAAGCUGCGAAGCAGUCUGCACCGAAACUAAUGGACUUUUUGCACGAGGAUUCGAAAUCCGAUACGGCGAGACUCUACGAUGCUUUAGGCUUGUGCACUAAUGACGAUUACACUGAUUUAACGCAAACUAAAGCAGGAAUCGAAGAGACUGAUGAAUGGACCGGUACUAUGCCAUCAAACACAAGCUUCUGGAAUCAGAAUAAUCGGAACGACCACUGUGUGAAAAGUACAAAUGAUUCAGUGUCACUUGAAGAAGCAACAAAAAAUCAAGAUACAGAGAUUAGAGCUAAAGACGCAAAUGACACUAUUGAAGUUUCUGACUCAAACGAACCAAAGGAGCCUCCCCGAUGUCCAAGCUUUGACCAAAGCGGUAAUUGCAUUAGAGAUGAAACUCACAAGAAAUCCACCGGCAAAUUGAAAGUUGGAGCAUCUGGUAUGUGGUAUCACCCGAAAAAGAAAAAGCCAUUAUCGAGUGGCAUUGUUAAGAAAUUUGAAAAUUUACUUGCCAAUUUGUCGAAAGUGAACGAAGCUGCAUUUAUUCAACAAGAUAUGGAUAUUAAAAUGGCCCCGCGAUUUUAUGAGAUCGUCAAAUACCCGAUGUGUCUUCACGAUAUAUCGACUAAACUGAAGAAUUCUUCAUACACCGACCACGAACAAGUCGUGCAAGAUUUUCGGCGGAUUUUCAACAAUGUCCGUCUUUAUUUAAAGAGUCACCCUGAUGCGGCAAUGAAAAAAAACGUUAAUAAAGUUUCCAAUGAAUUCGAGAAGAUGUUGAACGAUGAAUUUCCGAACAAACGCGACGGAAAAUCACAGGCUGACAACACAAUGCAACACAAGAAACACGAAAAGGAAGAAACAAUUAAAUGCGAUGAUACAAACAAGAGAGGCGAUAUGAAAACUCCGGCUGACGAGAAAAAAUAGCGAAGUAACGUUUAAUUACUUGAUUUAUUAAAAAA